AUGGUUUUUGAGUCUCUCGCAAGGCUGCGUCCUAGACGCAUGUCUAUCCCCCGGCCCUCCAAAAUCUUUACUCGCAAGCUCAUGCUCCCCUUUGCUAUCGUCUCUGUCCUCAGCGCAAAGCUUCUCCACAUAUAUGCUCAUCGCCAGGCUCUGUCCACGGAAGAUUUGAUGCGCUGGGGCGCUUCCUUCUUCUUCCAAGAUGUCGCCUUCAUUCUUUUCGUUCGCAUGCUGCUCGAGAGUCGCAUGCCUAUCCUCUCUGUUCUAGGCUCCGCCAUUACCGUGACCGUCAUGGUUCUCAGCUGCGGCACCCUGGCCUGCUACAUGACGAUAUACACCGAGCCUGACUGGAAUAAUGCCGGAAUUGUCCUCGAUCCUGCCUGGUGGGCUGUCUUGCCUACUGGCUUGGCCUCACUCGCCUUUGUUUCCGCGGCCAUGACGAUCAUCGCUGCCGCUACCCAGCAGUUUUGGAUCGUCAUCGCCGACAUGACCUCGGAUGUUUUGCUUUGGCCCUUCCGCCGCUGCUUAGGCAUGAACAAGUACGAACGUCUCAACCAAGCGCCCCCCACCAAAUACGAAGACGACACACUCAACCCCUCGAACGAUCCGGGUCUGCUCGGAUACAGAGACGAUGAUGCAGCCGAGCAGGGACUGCAUUUCGAAACUCAGCUGCCAGCCCCGUCCAAGUCGGCCAUUGGCGGCUACAUCGUCUGUGGUUCCCUUGUUCUCGCCACCAUCAUCACCACGAUUCUGCGUCCCCACGAUUCUGCCUACACCCUCAUGUCCUGGACCCUACCCCUACAGCCGAUUAUCGAUGUAUCCGGCGAUGGGAGUCCUGCAGUCAUCACUAGCCAUAAGAGCGGCCCCAAUAGCAUCACAGAUGUUCUUCACGACAAGACGGCACUCUCGACGCCCAUCCCCCUCCUCUGGCUACCCGAAGGAGAGCCGCUGAAGGGCUUCGAAGACUGGUAUCACGACGGUGCCGACCAUUACAGUGCUGAGGCCGACCCCCUCAAGAUUUUCAACAUGCAGGAUGGACUCAUACCCGAUCUUCGCGGAAGGCUCGCCGAUGUCGAUAUCCGCCACGUCAUUGUCGUCAAGAUGGAAUCCAUUCGCAAGGACGUUUUUCCAGUCAAGCAGGGCGGAAAAAUUUGGAGAAAGCUUGCCGACGCAGCCUCUAAUAAAACCCUCUCCAAUGAAGUCCGAGAAAGGCUCGCAACGCUUACCCCCUUGGCCAACUCGCUCACCUGCGAUUAUGACGAUGGCUUCGACCACCAUAACCGCACUUGUCGAGGCGGCAUCAGCGCAAACAAUGCCUUUACCACCAGUACCUACACCCUCAAGAGUGUCAUUGCCACUUUGUGUGGCAUAGGCCCCGUUGCUGCCGAUUUCAACGUUGAGGCCAAAUCUCAUUUCUACCAGCCUUGCUUGACCCACGUCCUGCACGCUUUGAAUAAGAUCAACCAGACCGAGACUAGCAGAGGCGGUAAAGAAUUUCGACCCUUCCCCUGGAAAUCAUACUACUUUCAAGCCGCAACAGACUCCUUCGACAACCAGGGCGCUCUCUUCCCAAUACUGGGGUACCAAUCCGAGAACGUCAUCACCAAAGAAUACCUUCAGAGCGAAUCCGCCAGGUUUGGCAAGUCUACAUUGAGCGAUGUAAACUAUUUUAGCAUACCCGAGGUAGCGCUCGAAGACUACAUCAAGGAUGCCUUCCAAGUUGCUAAAGAGAACAACGAGAGAGUCUUUUUGACCCAUUUGACAAGCACCACACACCAUGCUUUUGGUAUCCCCGCCGAAGAGCACUACGUUCAUAUGAGCGAGAACAAGGACCUCGACGACCUCUCCAACUACAUUAACGCUGUUGGCUACAGCGACCGCUGGCUUACGAAGCUUCUCGGGAUUUUGGAAGAGCAAGGAGUUGCGAAUGAAACCCUAGUCGUCUUUUCUGGGGACCACGGCAUGCCUGUCGCCGAGGACGGCGUUGCGACCUACCACAACGACGAGACCGCCAGCUUCCAUGUCCCAAUUGUCCUUUCUCAUCCCAGCCUACCCAACGUGGCCAUCGGCGACGUUGUAUCUACCAUGCAGAUCCUACCUACGGUCCUUGAUCUCCUGAUUGAAUCCGACUCGUUGUCGGCAGAAUCCAAGCGUGCCGCGUCUGAUCUGGUCAAAAACUACGAGGGUCAGUCCCUCCUGCGUCCUCUGCACCCUGCUGGGCAGAACGGCCACGGCGAUUGGCAGUUUAGUGUCACCAAUCCCGGCGGAGCUACACUGGCAGCCCGAGACGGCAGAAACCCCAACUGGAGAUUGACUUUUCCCAUUACCCCUGGCCAGGAUUGGCACUUUGUGGACGCCAGCUCCAAUUCGAGCGGCAUCUUCUCGUUAUCCUUUGAUACCCUUCGCAGCCGUGCCGAAUCGCAGUUGGGCACUGAAGUUGCUGACUGGCUGGAAGAAGCAGCUAUUGUCAGCCGUUGGUGGCUGGAUGAAAACCAAAAAAGGUGGCGUUAUGGAAAAUACGCGCCAAGCGAAGAGAAGAAAAAUGAUUGA